AUGGAUGUACACAAACGGAACCAUUCAUCAGGACGCCUGGACGAAGUUGGUGAUGAAGAAGUGGGCUUUCAGGCGCCCUUACUGCCGCUUGCACGAACACGUCCUGGCUUUCAAGAAGAGAACGACGGGCUCCUCCCGACAUCAAUGCCCAAUACCAGCAGCAAAACUGCCUCUCACUCAUUACCUAGAAAGGAUCUUAAAGCAUUUAUCAUACUCGUCAUUCUUUACACUCUCCAGGGGGUUCCGGUCGGGUUGGCAUUUGGAUCGGUUCCAUUCAUAUUAAAGUCCAAGCUUUCAUACUCUCAAGUGGGCAUCUUUUCAUUGGCGUCAUAUCCCUACUCCCUCAAACUUCUAUGGUCCCCAAUCGUUGACGCAAUUUAUAGUAGAAGGAUUGGCAGAAGAAAGUCGUGGAUCAUUCCAGUGCAAUUGGUUUCUGGUCUAACUUUACUUUAUCUUGGUUUGGUCAUAGACGAGUCCAUGGCCAAUCCGACUCAGAACUUAGUGAGGAUUACCACUUGCUUCUUUCUACUUGUCUUGUUUUGUGCUACUCAAGAUAUCGCCGUCGAUGGCUGGGCUCUCACGGUGUUGUCCCCAGAAAGUCUUUCAUUUGCAUCAACCGCUCAGACUGUCGGAAUGAAUUGUGGCUACUUUCUGAGUUUCACGGUAUUUCUUGCGUUGAGCUCUCCAGAAUUUGCAAAUAGGUAUCUUCGCAAGACUCCUCGAACUUAUGGACUAUUUGAUCUUGGCGGCUAUCUAACUUUUUGGGGCUGGAUGUACAUAAUCGUGACUGCAAUAUUAUUUUUUGUACCCGAGGAUCCACCACAUUUGGCCAGACAAAAUCAUGAAAAACUUUCAUCUGAUCAUUACAAAAAUGAGUCCGUCUAUAAUAGGCCGGUGGAUAAGACCAGGAGAUAUCUUCAAGAUUUGAUGCAUGUUUACGACUCGAUGUAUCAAGUAUUGAAACUUCCAAAUGUGCAAACACUUGUUGUCAUCCUUCUAUUUGCAAAGCUUGGAUUUCAAGUAAAUGAAGCAGCUACUAAUUUGAAGUAUCUUGAGAAGGGCUUAUCCAAAGAAGACCUUUCAAUAACGGUACUCAUUGACUUUCCCUUUGAGAUGAUUUUUGGCUACUAUUCAGGGAGAUGGUCAUCUGGCAAGAGCCCUUUACGACCAUGGCUAUUUGGGUUUGCCGGUCGCUUGUUUGCAGCCCUUUUAGCUCAUAUUAUACUUCUCUUCUUUCCCCAAAUUGAUGGCGAGGGUGUGCCCUGGAAAUUGUUUUUGCUAAUCAUCUGCCAACAUCUUCUCAAUUCCUUCAUGUCAACAAUCCAAUUUGUAUCACUUUGCGCCUUUCAUACAAGGAUUGCUGAUCCAACCAUAGGGGGAACGUACAUGACGACACUCAACACCUUAUCUAACUAUGGUGGAACCUGGCCGAGACUCAUCAUCCUUUAUAUGAUCGAUAAGCUCACUUUAGCUAGGUGUGAAGGAAUCGUUGAACCAUACGAGAUUUUGUCAGAGGAUAUGAAGAAGGAAUGCUCUGGCGCUGGUGGUCGUGUUGUCUUCAUCCGAGACGGAUAUUUUCAUACAAGUGCAAUCUGCAUUACAUUGGGUGUCGUGAUAUGGUUUUGGGUGAAGAAAAAGGCCACAUAUUUACAGUCGCUUCCACAAAGUGCUUGGAGAGUCAACAAAACUGUUAAGUAG